AUGCAAUCCAUGUGAAACUUGUGUAAACGUAGAGGUCUUGCAGCCAGGUAAUGAAUCUUGAUAGUUGAUAUUUAACUUUUAAAAAUGCAUAAAUUUGAACCAAAUAAUAUCUUCUUAUUCACUUUAUUCGAUGCUACUAAUAUUGGGUAUACUUUAAAUUAAUAUGAAAGGCUAGAUCAGCAUUUGGGCAUAUUGAGUUUAAUAAUUAGUUCCUAAUAAAUAUUAUGCCACAUUAAUUAAUUACACUUAAGUAAGACUUAAUAAAUUAAUAAUUAUUUUAUUACUUUUUUUAAACUUGACAUCUGUCUUACUUACUAAAAUUUUAUUAGUAUUAGGCUACUUACUUGGGGUUGGGCGCACCAGAAGCACCCUUAAUUAAGUAUAAAUAAUAAGAGAUGGGCUGAUGAGGAUCACGAAGUGCACUAAGUCACUAAGUCUAAGUUAUAAAAUGUAGGCUUAAUAAUAAGAAUAAGAUUAAGUAGUUUAAGUAGCGUAAUAAUAUUUCUAAUAUUAAAUAAUUAAAUAUGAGACCAUAGUGCUAGAGCACAAUGCUUCCUUCCUCACCACACUCAGGCAGAAAUUUUAGUGGCUUCGUCAAAAAGAAAAGAUUGUAAAACAAACUAGAUCUUAGUACUUAGACUUAGAUAGUAGUUUUUGAGCUGUGAAUUUUUUUAAUGAGAGUGUCUAGUCUAGUCUAGUAUUAGUAUGGAUUGCACCACCUCAUUUUAUGACUAUAAUAUAUUAAUUUAACAUAGCUAUUAGAAUUAUUUCUUUAAACUUAUUUAAGCCUUUUUUUUUUAAACUUUAAAAUAUAUAAAUUUUGACCUUUUACAUCCAUGCACAUAUGACUUAACUACGACUACAGAUCAACAAAAAAGGGCAAAGUGCAGAUUUGAGUAUAGCAACUUCAUUGUGUCUUUAAGAAGAUAUCUGGGAAGUCCCCCCCUUGCCUUCCCUCGUGUAAUUUCAGUUAUGGGAUUGUUUACAUACUGCGCUCCAUAAUUAUAAACAUUCACGCAUAUUAAAUAUUAGGCAGUGUCUACACGUCUGGCGACCAGACAAAUAGUGCGAGAAAAUCUUCCGGCGGGCAUAUCACGUGAUCGCCGGACGACUAGUAGGUGUUAUUAUUCCGGUACCUGUGUCAUGUGACAAGAAGUUGCUGGCAAUAGUUGCCUUGUCAUUUUUAUAGUAUAUAAUAUUCCAAAAUUGUGUACAUAUAUUAGUACAGCGAUCCCUAGAUAAUAAAUAAACACUGAAUAUGUUAAUAUUUUCAAUGCUCUGCGAUAUAUAAAGUGUAUCAUAAGCGUUUGACUUUGAAUUAAAACUAUUUUUAUAAUAUUUGGUUAGUAGUAGUGGGCCUAAAUAAUAUAAACUCCGACUCUUAAAAAAAAAAAGCUCCACCUUGCAGCCUAAAUUUAAAAUAUAAACCAAAGUAAGACCAAUACUUGCCAGUUGACUUUCAAUAGUUAUUUAUCACCCUUACUAUGAUUUUUUUUUAUCAUUUCUCUCUCGCUCUCAGUAUUUUUUCCUUCCAGUAUGCAUUGCUUGCUCUCUCUCUCCCCCCCCCCCCAUCCCUUAUUUGUUGAAAUGAAUUAAACUCUCGCCCACAUGCAUCUCCGACACCAUUUUUCUGAUAGAUUUAAAAUAUAAACAAAAGUAAGACCAAUACUUGCCAGUUGACUUUCAAUAGUUAUUUAUCCCCCUUACUAUGAUUUUUUUUUAUCAUUUCUCUCUCGCUCUCAGUAUUUUUUCCUUCCAGUAUGCAUUGCUUGCUCUCUCUCCCCCCCCCCCCCAUCCCUUAUUUGUUGAAAUGAAUUAAACUCUCGCCCACAUGCAUCUCCGACACCAUUUUUCUGAUAGACUAUUAGUGGUCAUGUGACAGGGCUGACGGACAAAUAUUUUGCGCAACUUUGUUACGGUGGUCAUGUGACUAGGUCGCCGGACGAUUAUCUUGAAAACUUAUUUGUCCGGUCGCUGGACAUUUAGACACUUUGUAAAUAUUACAAAUUACUUUUUUUGUUAAGUUGUAAUCUGAUAAUGGCCUGUUGUCGCGGAAACACUAUGACACAGGAAGUGUCGAAUUUAUUAUGCAUUCUCAUUGACACAAUAAUAAAUAGAGCCCUCGGAAACACUAAUUAUUCUUAAGGCUCAACUCAUCCCUACCAGUUAAUAUGUAUAAAAUAUGCUACUGAAUAUAGCAUUAUACUGAAAGUUAAGGCUUUCUUUUUUAGAUUUCAUAAUUAUUAGGUUACCCUAAUAUUAUUAUUUUUGAAAAGGCCUAAGUAAAGCUCAUCAUAAUUAGUAUGAAGGAAUAAAUAGGAAAGCCUAAUUUUUAAUAAAUAGGCCUACUAUAGCAGACCUUAAAAAAGUUAACAAAAGCUAUUUUGUUUUCUAUGUGACAUUGUCCUCAUGUCACCCAUCCCAAUACAUGUUGUCCAUCUUCAAAAGGUGUCCAAGGCACCAUAUAAUUUAAUUUCAGCAAAUUUUUCAUCAAUGAUAGAGCUAAAUAUUUAGUUAUUUUUACUGUAAAAAUAUGCUGUCUCUUGGUCAACUCUUGUGUGCAUUAUCAUACUUUAAUAGAAAUAAUAUAAAGUUACCUUUAUUCUUCCUGUGUAUAAUAAAGAACUUUUAAGAAAGAUUCCCACUAGCAUAGGUUUCUACACUCCACUCUAGCUUUGGGGUUGGUUUACUAUAAAUAUAGGCAGGCAUUCCAUUCAUCUUCUCUGAACUUUUUUUUUUUUACAGCAUCACAAUGUCCGCCUUAGCUGCUAUGAGCCCACCUUGCAGCUUUGAUCAGCAAGGUAAAGCAGAAGCAUCAAAAGGUGUUUCAAGAAGACCUCGUUUUGUUAUCAAGCCAAACAUUAGGCCAGGUAAGGCACCCAGUGCAGCUCCCAAGCUUAAACCAGCAACACCGACACCCAGUGCUGCCACUGCAGGAGCACAGUCAAAUGUUGCACUCGCUAAAGAUGAUCUACCCCAGCUAUCACUGGAUGCAAGUGCUAAUGAUCAUGACAGUGGUAAAGAAGUAUUGGAAAAGAAAGCACAAGAAGCAGAUAUUGUGCCUGGUGGAGUAGUUACAGGGCAGGAGCUUAGAAUGCCACCGUCCACCACUGAUGCAGCCAAUGGGUAAGACUUAUCAAUUUUUACUAUUGUUUCUAGAAACAGUUUUUAUCACAAUAAGAGAUAUGAAAAUCUGUUAAGUUAGUGGGCCAUUGCUUUUAAGCAAAAUAAUUUUGUGUUUUGUUUUGUCAUCAUUCACUUCAUGUUUUUUCCUUUUACAACUUGAUUUCAAUAUCCCUAAUAUUAUUCCUUUUCACUGUGUCUCCUUAAAGCCCCAAGAUUAUACAUGUUGAUGACCGUUUGCAGAAAGAAGAUUGUGUCCCAGAUUUACCAGAUAAAGAUGACAGGGUUUGUCUAGCGGAUAAAGAUGAUGGAGAUAAUCCAAUGGAAGGCAGGAAUACAGAUUCCAGUAAAAUUAUUCCCAGUUCUGUCAAGACAAAGGUCCAGCUAAUGAAAAGUGGAAAGCUCCCAGGGACUUCAAGCAGUGUGGGCUUUAAAGAGCCAGUGGAGGAAGUCUGUGGAAAAUCAGAUGUCCCUGAUUUCCCUGAUGCUGUCACAGAAACAGAUACCUCAUGCAUGUCAGAAGCUAUGUCUCUGGAACCAGAUGAAGAGAGAACAGCUGAUGUUGAUAUUGACUUAAAGAAAGCUAAACGUCGAAGGGUAUGUCAUUUUAUAACUUGAACAUACUUUGAGCUCUGUGCCCCUGAUUAAUUUUUAUUUAAUUUCCAUCUAUUUAUAGUCACGCAGAAACAAAAAUCAAUGGACACUUUAGAAAUGGAAUUUCUUUUUAUUAUCUAUAGGAUAUUAAUUAUGUCCUCUGUUUAACUCCUUCAAUAUUUUACAUGUCGCCAGAUAAAAAAGCCCAGGGCUGAACCUUUGCCCAGCAGAGAGAAAUCACCAGAUCGUCAAAAGAUGAAAAUGAGUGACCUCUUGUCUUGGAACCCCCAUCAGAACUUCCUGCCGUUAGUAGAACAUAAUAAACUUUGUAAAAUAAAAUCUGGGUUUUUUUUUUUUUCUUUUUCUUUCUUUUAUUAACAUUUUAUUGCUUUUCUAAAAUUUGAUUUUAUUUUUACUUUUUAAAUUUUUCAUUCAUUUUUUUGAAAAUGAGUGACCUCUUGUCUUGGAACCCCCAUCAAAACUUCCUGCCGUUAGUAGAACAUAAUAAACUUUGUAAAAUAAAAUCUGGGUUUUUUUUUUUUUCUCUCUCUUUCUUUUAUUAACAUUUUAUUGCAUUACUAAAACUUGAUUUUAUUUCUACUUUUUAAAUUUUUCAUUCAUCUUUUGAAUGUUACGUUCAUUUAAAUAUUUAAUUUUUUCAAAGUUUUUAAAAAGGGCUUUAUAUAUUUACUUUUAUGAAGUUUUUUUAAAUGAGUGUAAAUAUUUACGUUUCCAAAAUUUAAAAUUGAAUAACUUUCAAUUAGUAAAUUCUUGUUACAGAAAAAAGAUAAAGAAAAAACCAAGCACUGCUGAUGAGAGUCAAUCUGCUGCUCCUACACCAAAGAUUGAUGAAGAUAAAGAGUCUAGUAAUCAGAGUGCUUCUUUGCCAGCACCUCAGAUUAUGAUUGGGCCUGAUGGGAAUGUUGUUCUUAACACAGAGAGGUAGGGAUGUUUUAGUAGUUGCAACAUCAAUCAGCCAUCUUGCAAAUUUAAUUACCUUUAUUGCCUGUUUUGUUCAGAUACUCCUAUAAUCCACGUAUCACAGCAGCUGAGAGACAAAAAGCUUUCACACUGCUACACGAUUUUGUAAACAUGUUGAAUUGAUUUUAUGUCCUUGCAAAGAUGUCAUCUUUUUUGUACAAGUUUUGUGCCGAGUCUGGUAGAUAAAAGUUCUUUGGUCUUAGAAUUUUAAUAUUUCUUGAUGUGGAAUACUCCCAUUCCUUGUUUAGUAAAUCUGAUAAUUUAAUCACACCGCAUUAUAAGAAAUUUUUGUUGACCAGAUAUUAUGACUCAAAAGGAUGCAUUGUCUUUUAUCAAGAGGAAAAAAAUAAUGUUUUGAUAUGUGUGGUUUUUAUUUUUCAAUGCUAUUAAAAAUAACUUUCAUUUCACCACUGAAGAUCUAUUAGAGUAAUUUAUUUUGUUAUAUUCUUACUUUAGCUUGUUGAUUGACACAGCUCAAGAGGAAAGUAAGCUCAAAGAGGUCAUUGAGGAAGAUGAUGACGACAGAUACCUAAACACAAACUCCUACAGGAAACAUAAGAAAACCAAGUUUUGGACAGAGGAUGGUAAUGCUGUUUUAUUGUUAGACAAUUUGUUCAGAACACAAUUUAAUGAUAAAAUCUUGGCCUGGUCAUUGACUAGAACAUACAAUUGGUUCACUUAUGAACAUGUGACAUUGAACUUUGCUAGCGCUAGCCUCGGAAGCCUUUUCAGCUUAAUAGUAAAUUAUUUUGUUAUUUAAAAAUCACAAGAAUGUCUUAAAUUUCCAUAUUUAAAUCCUAGGGGAAAUCCAGUUUUUUUUACCAAGGCAGUGUAAUGUUUGCAAUUUAUGCCAAGAAGUUAAGGGGUCUUUUUCAUGCCCAGGUUCUAAUGUUUGGUACAUAACUUAACCGUAUAACUGUCAUAACAGCCGAUCAGCGGCUGUUAAACCCUCUUCUGUGGGGUAACAGCCGAUAUAAUCGGUACAGCUAAUAUAAUCGGCUAGCAAAAUUGAUAUAAAAAAUGUGAAUGAUUUAAUGUAUAUUGAUUAAGGGGAAAUCUUUCUAUAUUAAACAGUUAACUUCCUAUUUCCAUUAGUGUCCUUUUAUCAGGGAUUUUUUUGUGUGAUUUAUCUGUUGUGAAAUUUGCCCCCAAAAAUUUGACUGUCAUAAUUUCUGAUGCUGAAGAGGUUCCUUGCAAAAUCAACACAUAAUUUCUUUAUUGGUAUUAUUAUAAAUGGAUUGAAAUAAAGCAAUUAUUUUAAAUGGAUUGAAAUAAGGCAAUGAUUUCAGACAUAUUCCACGUGCUACCAAUGACAGUAUUAGCUCUAGUAGUGAUGGUGACAUAAGAGUCAGAUUUUUACAAUUUUAGGGCUAAGCUUAGUCAUAUUGGUACAGACACAUUGGUUAGGAAAAGGGUGGUAAUCAAACAACAUAGGCAAAGGUUAGAUCCCAAAGACCUACCCUAAAGAGGUUCAAAUACAUUUAUGUUUGUGCAUGUUCUGGAGUAUUAAAUGAUAAAAAAUGAAUUUAAUAACUUCAUUUCAAAAGGAGAACUCAUUGCAUGCCUUAACCUUGUAUUUUGUAUGACAGAAAUUUGAAGGUAGUGAAUGUAAAAAAUUCACCAAUAUUAACACUUUUAAUAUAAGCACAUAAGCACCUAUAACUUAAUAUUUUCUGAAAGAAUUUUGCUUCUAGUGUUUCAACAACUUGAUUUUAUGAUAGUUUGAACAAUUUAUGGAGUAUUAAAGUGGGUUGAAUUCAGAAAUUAAGUUGUAAAAUUUUACUUACUCUGUAAAGGUCACGGUCGAAAUAAAACAUUAUAUAAAAACCUAAAUUCUUUUCAUACCAUAAGAUACCUUGUCCAAUGUACUUUCAGAUAAUGUAUACCCGUAAGAGUCACUGCAUUCAUUUAGCAUGGGAUUUUGUCAUUUUUGAAAAUGCUAAAAAUGGCUUGACGCUACAGAAAAGGGCACUUGACAGUUACUGGGUUAAUCUGUGCACAGGGGGCUAAUCUUUGACAGAUGAUACCUUAAUCUCAUAUACUCUUCAGUUAAACUAUCUCAAAUUCAAUGUAAGCGUAGCGACUUGCCAACUGCCACCUUUUGUUUCCCACUAAUUGUAGAAACAGAAAGGUUCUAUCUUGGAUUGAGCAUGUGUGGGACCGACUUCUCACUCCUGACUAACCUCAUGAAAGGGCGAUCAAGACGAGAGCUGAAGGUCAGUGGUCAUAAAUGUGUCGCAAAAAUGGGCACUUGUUAAAUAUGUUAAUAAUCCCAGUGGUAUUAUGUGUAUAGUUUAUGACGUAUUUCAGUACCAAGUGCCAACCAUCUUUUAUUGUUUUAAUUGGUGCCAUAAUAUUGAGGCAAGUGGGUUCGGGUUGGGAUUACUUGAUGUCUGGUUGAUGGCGGUGGUGAGCUUGGGCGAAGCUGUUAUUAGUAGAGUUUGGUAAUCUAAAUAUAUAUUAUUUACUUUUAUUUACAGUUAUUUCUUGUUGAAGACAAAUUACAUAUAUAGUUUUAAUUAUAGAUAGUGUAUCUGAAGAUUUAACUGAGUAGUUGUGUCAUCUUGUUCAAUAGCAUAGAUAAAGUUAUUGCAAAUAGCUUUGUGUUUUGACAAAAUGUACCAUGUGAUUGGGGGGGAUGUGAUCUUUGUUUUUAAUUUAUUUUGCGCCUGCAUCAAGUUUUUUAAACUGACUUUAACAAAGAUAAUGUAUAAUGUAUGUAGAUAAUAAUAUCUAUGGAGUCAAUUCUCUUGCUAGGCAGCAACAUGUGUUCUUUUUUGUCUUAAAUUCAGUUAUAUUUCAUACUAUAAUAUCUCAUACUAUAAGAUGUUAGUACUACAAUAUGUAGUUCUAAAAUAUGUUAGUACUACAAUAUGUUGUAUUAUAAUAUGACAUACUAUAUAAUGUUAAUGCUACAAAAUGUAGCACUUUAAAUUGUUAGUACUACAAUAUGUUAGUACUUUACCAUGUUAGGACUACAAUAUUUUAGUACUACAAUAUGUUUCUACUACAAUAUGUUAGAUUUAUGAGAUUUUAAUACCGGUACUACAAUAUGUUAGUACUAUAAUACGUCAAUACUACAAUAUGUUAGCCCAUCAAUAUGUUUGUACAAUUAUAUUUCCUACUCAUUUUUUUUCAUAUUUUACAGAAUAAAUUUCAGCGUGAGGAAAAAAGGAACAGACGUCUUGUGGACAAAGCAUUAGGUAUUGUAGAUUGGUUCCUCAUAUAAGGCAUUGGAUAUUGUAGAUUGGUUGCUGAAUACAAAACAUAAGGCAUUGUAGAUUUAUUCCAAAAUACAAGAUAUUAGAUAUUGUGUUUUGUUUUUUAAGCAAAACCUAUUGCCAACAAAUGCAAACAUGUCAUUCAGUGUUUGACUGGGAACAUACGCACCUGUUUAAUAAGUUCAUUAUCAGCUGUAAUUGCUACUUUCCAAUGUUGUUGAACAUAAGGAAUGAAAGAAGAGCUUGAGCUAUUUUUGAUGCAGGGUUAAAUUCUUGUCAAUCAGAAUCAAGAUAAUGAUAUUUAUGAUGGUGCAGUGUUCAGUUAUUUUAUGUCAGAAUCGACAUAAUUAUAAGGAAGUUUAACGCUGAUCCAAUUACUGUUGUGUGAUUUGUUAUUUGAGCAUUCACUGAGUAACACACUCGUCUCCAGCUAAUAGACAACCCUAUGACCCAGAACCUAUUGAGAAAAUGGCUGCUGAAGAAGAAGAGAAAGCACAGAAGCAAGCCAAGAAGAAGAUCAAGAACACUAACCCUGUGGACAAGAAGGAGAAAAAGCCCCCUAGAAAGAAGCCGGCCAAGAAAAGUAAGUCUCUACACUGAAAAAUUAAGAGAGUAAGGUUUCCUUGGCUAUAAUUGACACCUGCUUCUUUUUUUCCUUCUGGAUGUAGAACAAUAUGGAAAGACUUGAGACAGUUGAUAUGCUUUACUCAAAUUAUCUUCACUUAAUGCAAUUUUUUUGUUCAAGGGUGUAUCUGUGUUAUUGAUAAGUGUCCUGUCAGUUAACUUGAUGUCAAUGGUUUUUUUUUAGGAAAGAAGGAAGAAUCAGAGGAUGAGGAAGACGACUGGGGUCCAGAAUAUGAUGAGUAAGUUUGUCUUUAUUUUUUAAAAUUAAUAUUUUUGAAGUAAGCUAAAAGGUGUUAGAUGAAUGUAGCAGAAAGCUGGGUUAGUGGAGGGUGUCUUUGUACAACUGUCAUGCAGCAGUUAGUUGAGUUAGUGGAGGGUGUUACUGUACAACUGUCGCCACAAAUGCUGUGCUGCCAUUGAGGGAUUCACACGAGUAGGUUAUUAAGUUGUUGUUUUUUACCUUUACUUUCCCCCAUGCGCUUUUGUAUUUAUGAGAUUUGAUAGAUUUCUUGAAAUUAUUUAAAUAUAUCAAACUAUGAAAUUGUGUUAGCACAUGAUCUAUUAUAUCUAUUUCUGGGGUUUUUGUGGACUGGUCACAAUUCGUUACAGUGUGUCAAUGCCCCCUGCCCAAACCCCCUUGCUGACUCUUAACAUAAUUUAAGAACAACUGAUUCAAUGAAUCUCACUCAAAACUUUGGGUUCUGCAAGCUUCAGAAGAAAGAAAAAAUAUGUCCUGCAUUAUACGUUUCAUUCCUUGACUCCAAAUCUAAAGUGUUGGUGACUAAGAUUAUGGUGCUCAACUGCAGUUGAAUAGUGUGAUAAAUUUUUUUCAAGCUGCUUAUUUGCCAUCAUAACUGAGUACACAAGCUUUGCCUAAUGAAUGUGCUUUAAAUUUGGAUGACUUUUAUUUCUCAGGGAGAAUGAUGACAACAUGGAUGAAAAUGAUGAGACUUCUCGCAUCCCAGUCAUCAAACGCAUAAAGAAGGGAGAACUGUUGGCUCCGGACCAGCGAAAUAAAGCAGUCGGACCGGAGCAGAGAUCGAGAAAUUCUUUACCCCCCAAGCAAGUACAAGUUGGCCGUGAGCCUGAGGCCCCCAGAGUCAGGGGAACGCCAGGAAAGAACAUCAUGCAGUCCGUAGAACAAAUUGUCAACAGUCAACGUGUUGCUCCAAACAACCAAGGAACCCAUGGGGGGCCAAGCUUCCACACAAACACAUUGAGUGCCAUCCCUGGUUCGUCCCGGGUCCAGAUAGAGAUGGAAGGUGUGCAGAGCCCAGUCCAGGGUAUCAUCAUACCUUCAUCAAUGGUGCCCCAAAUAGCCCCUCAAUUGGGCAUCCCAGGGAACCCGGUGGGCAUUCAGAUCCUUCUGGUGCAAGAGGAGUCCUCAUCAGGGAAUUUGGUGCAUGUCUAUGUAAUACCAGAAGCUGAUAAGAACAAUGCGUCUGGUUCAUCGGCUCCUGGUGGACUUCCAGCUCUCAGCUCCCCUAUUCCAAGCCCUCACCCGACCACACCUCUGCAAAGUCCACUUCCGUCGGCACAGUUCCCCCCGUACAACACCAGACAUCCUGCGCCAAUUUGUAGCCCUCAGCCCUACAACCCAAUUCAGAGUCCACCAUUACCAAGAAGCCGCCAGCCAAGUGGCUCCUUCCCGAACUUGAUUUCUCCAAGAUUCAGGCAACCACAGAGCCUACAUUCCGCAGCACCCAUUCCCACGACCCACGGCGUAUCUACCUCAAUGAGACAUGGACUAAUUCCUGCCUCAAUUCCACAAGAUCACGUUUCUUUGCCUGGGAGUGGUCAGUUUCCUUCAGAGCUUUCAUCCCAGCCUUCAAUUCAUUAUCCAAAUAUUGCAAGGGGCAGGAACGCACCCUGCCAUUCAGGACUUCCCCCAUCACAGUCUCACCUGACUGCACAAGUUCCACCGCAGCAUCACUCAAAUCUAUCCACACAUGCACCUUGUGGUGGCGGUGCAACUCUGCCAGCGCCAACUGCCGCUUAUGACACAAUGAGGACAGGGCCGUCCGCUGGCCAGCCAUCAUCAUAUUCCCCCCUGCUUGCCACACAGACUAAUGCAGAUUACACAACCUCUGUACUUAAGCCAGUCAUUGAACAGAGGCUUGAUGUGGCAGCCCAAGAUUGUGACUAUAUGAUGGGUUCUUCUGAGAGACCUGGGACUCAAAUGGAUCCAUCGGUGCUGACAAAUCUAUAAAAUAAUAUUGUUUCUAUUUAUAGGUCAUUGAAAGGUUACAAUUAUGUUAUUCUGAUAAUUUAUAUGUGUAAGUGAAAGUAAUAAAACUGAAAUUGCUAAUCGCCCUGGAAAUGUUUUUUUGUAGUUGUUGGCGAGUUUAUUGAACAGUGGUCCUCAUAAAAAGGACUUGGUGGACAGUGGUCCUGAUAACAAUGG